CCUCCUCCUCCAGCACCACGCUAUAGCGGCGAACUAGGCAGGCCAACUUGCAGAGUGCAGCUCAGACUCGACCGCGGCUGCUUCCUGCUGGGGGUCUUUGGAGAGCAUCGCGCUCGGAUGUGCGCUGCCGCUGCGCCCGCUGGAUGUUGAGAUCGCGCCGCGCGCCCCGCCAGGAGCCACCAUGUCCAACCCGACCCACGACCCGUUCUACUCGUCUCCGUUCGGACCCUUCUACAGGAGGCACGCGCCCUACAUGGUCCAGCCCGAGUACCGGAUCUACGAGAUGAACAAGCGGCUGCAGACGCGCACAGAGGAAAGUGACAGUUUGUGGUGGGACGCCUUCGCUACGGAGUUCUUUGAGGAGGACGCCACUCUUACGCUCUCCUUCUGCCUCGAGGACGGACCAAAGAGAUACACGAUCGGCCGGACGUUGAUCCCCCGUUAUUUCAGCACGGUGUUCGAGGGGGGGGUCAGCGAGCUCCACUACAUCCUCAAGCACUCCAAGGAGUCCUUCCACAACUCCUGCAUCACCCUGGACUGCGAUCAGUGCACCAUGGUCACCCAGCACGGGAAGCCAAUGUUUACCAAGGUCUGCACGGAGGGGCGUUUGAUACUGGAGUUUGCCUUCGAUGAUCUGAUGAGGAUCAAGACUUGGCACUUUACCAUCCGGCAGUACCGGGAGCUCAUCCCUCGCAGCAUCCUGGCCAUGCACGCACAAGACCCUCAGGUGCUGGAACAACUGUCCAAAAACAUUACCCGCAUGGGUUUGACCAACUUCACCCUCAACUACCUCAGGCAGUUGUGUGUCAUCCUGGAGCCCAUGCAGGAGCUCAUGUCAAGGCACAAGACCUACAACCUCAGCCCCCGGGACUGUCUCAAGACGUGCCUGUUCCAAAAAUGGCAGAGGAUGGUCGCCCCCCCAGCUGGACACCCACAGAACUUCAAAACGGAAAUAUUUCCCACAAAUCACAAAAAAGCUGGUCGCGCCAAAGCUGAGCCCGCCCGACAGACGACCACCAAGAGGAGGAAACGGAAGAACUCGGCCAGCAGCGCCAACAGCGCCGGCACCACCGCCAGCAAGAAGCGCAGCCCGGCCACCAACUUCAGCCUCUCCAGUCAGGUACCUGUAAGCAUCAGCUCCACUCGGUUUGCCUCCUCUCUUUUUCUACGACUCUACGUGCAUGUUUGCAGGUUUACAACACGGGCACGUGGUAUUCCUGAUGGCAUUGCAGCUAUUAGGUUUAAUUUAUUUGCACACAAGAGAGGAAAACACCGGGGAGGGUAGAAGAGAAAGUCCAAUCAGAGACAAGGAAAGCUCGAGGGAUUCGCGUGAAAACAUGUCGCCACAAAGACAAAGAGAGAAUACAUGAAACAUCAUAAAAGGGGACAGAAAAAUGACAUUACAUUAAAUCAUCAAAGCAAAAAGUGCAAGAACAGCUAAAUGCAUAAACAGUAUGUAAAGAAGGUGAAUGAAAGUGUCUCUUUAGUGGCAGUAGUGUCACAUCGUUAACUUUCCUAACUCUUUCAUUCCAAGUUCUCAAGGAAAAAAAGAUCGAGUGCCGAUAGUCAGGAGAUUUUUGUUUUCUGUGUCUUUUUGUGGUUUCUUUGAAUGAACCAAGUGGGGAAGUGUGGGUGUGGAAAGUGAGCCUCCCUCAGCCACCUCUGUUGAAAAGGCCCUCGACCAAGACACCGAACUCACAACCGCCCGGAGGACUUUCACUGUAACAGAGUUUGUUUCUAUUUAAAGCACCGAAUAAAUAGUACAAAAUCGGACAUUGGGAAUACUGAAGAAGCUUCACGUGGAGUUACACUGCAGCUACUUUCUUUCAGGGUCAUUUAGCAGCAGCUCCUGGGGAAAAGCUUCAGAUGGAUGUGUGUGUGGUGGUCAAAGUGAAAAAUCUGUAAAUCUCAAACGAGUUGUUUAGAGCUCUAGAUCGAUCUUUAAAGCGUAACAACCAAUAACUGCCUAUAUAUCGGCUCUACGAGGUCAGAUGUUACGUUUUUGAGCUGUGCUAUUAUUGUAACCGCAAGAGAGAUUGAACAUUUCUAAUAGUUCCCGUAAAUGUGAUGAAUAGAAACGGAACAGAGUAACCCAGCGCUGGGGGAUAAAACCAAUUAUGCAACAUUUCAGAUCACAAUCAAAAAUUGCAUUUUGAAAAAAUGAUGACAAAAAUAUUCGCAAACUGAUGGAUAUUGAUGGCUAAUCGUCCGAGACAGUUUAGGUUCUGAAUUGUGCACAAAUAAACAUGUCUUCUAGUUGUUGAAAGUAAAGUUGUUUUAGAAAAGCAGCACUGUUGAAAGGUUUCUAAAACAUGCAGGUAUGUGAGAGUGGAAGCAGAAUAGUUCAAUUGUUUUAGGAUCAUAUUAUUAGCUUCUUCUCACCAUCACAUUUUUUUUUGUUUUUACGGUAAUUCUGAAAUUCUCACCUCCGCAUUGCACUAUGUAACUCCCCGAAAUCCAGUCGCAGCACAUUUUUCAUUGAGCAGAAGAAACCGGGUGAAGUAAAACGUCUUUUUGUUUGACUCUGCAUGCUGCGUUGCAGCUACUUGUUUCUGUAACAGCCCACUUGACACAGUUAGAGGUUAAACAGCCUCUUAAACAGCUGAGUGUUGCACAACAUGUCUGGCGCUCCCCUGGAGGAUUUGGUGCUGCUGUGAGCGGAUUGUCUGCACAGACUCGAGUUUUCCUACCUGUUCCAUACGCUGCUCAUUAUACACUGUAUUGUAUUUACACCACAGCCUCCGAUUUUCUGCUCCGUUUGCCUUUUUUUCUUCUUUUUAAAAAAAAUGUUUUAAUAAAGGUCAUCACAGUCCAGCUAAAACGGUGCUGGUACCAAACAGCGUUAGAGGGUUGCAGGCUGGAAUGCGCGUGUGUGUUCAUUUGAUUAUUUCUGCUGGAUGGGAUGUUUGGAGGGUGCUGAAUAAUCCAGGCGUGUUUUAGUGUGCCAGCAUCGGCCUGACAGAAAAGACUUUGAUAUUCGGCCGGUUUGUUUCCACUGCUGCAGACAUUAGAGACUGUGGUGCUGCAGGUGCUUGAAGGAUCUGGGUUUCCAUCGUUAAUACAGAACACACUCAAACCGAGGGCCUUAACCAUAAAAAUGAUUUUCCUGCUCUAGUAGCUAUAAGCAAUAUUGCAUGUUGUCGGUUUGGGAGAAUCUUUUUAACACUGGGUUGUUUCUCUGCCACCAGGUCGAGGUUGUUCAUCUCUGUACUUAAUUGUAUUUUAUUCUUGGGUCACUCACACAAACAGCUCGUCUCACUCAUUCACGAUGUACAUAACACACGCGCGCGCGCACAAACACACACAAACAGACGCACACAGCGCGUGCAAUUGUUUUCUCUCCAGAAGGCCGUUUGGCUCUGUGCCAGCUCUCAUUAUCACCGAUAUCUGUACACGGCCCUCUCUCCACCCCUCAGCCCCUUCCUCCGACGCUCUACUCCAUCACCGACGCCCUCUGCUUCCACCACCUUCCACACACACACACACACACACACACACACACACACACACAGUCGUGGCGUGCACUCACACGUCUCGCACAGACUGGCGGCGUGGCCGGUAACACGCUGGUUACAUAUGUUGCGCGGCUGCCGUCUUUGUCUGAGAAGUUGUUCGUUUGUGGCUGAGCUCAAGCCUACGUGAGCCCAAUGACAAUAAGGAGUGGACCCUCGCAUGGAGGGGGG